AUGCGGCUUACUCGCUCCAUGACCUCGUCUCCAGUUCUUCCGCAGGCAACGACAUCGGCAGGCAACAACAAGUCAGUCACAAUCAAGACCGCAUUCACAGUGUCCAAGCAGUAUACUGCGCCAGAUAGAAAGAGGAAAAGAAAAGCAGUAUCCUCGACUAUCCAAGAAAUCGAUGCCAAUGCACUUCCACACAAUCUCGGCAAACCAGCAGCAGAUAUCGUGGAAGAUGCGCUAGAUAUUGAUAGCGCUCGAAAACUCGAUGCGGCAGCAUCUUCCCUCCCGCACAAACGUAUCAAACUGGAAGAGAAAGCGCCAGAUCGUGCUGUGAUUCAAAACAAAAACAAUAAAUACGGUCUCACGCCUGGGGUUAGUCCCUUUCCCGGAUUUUUGCAUCCCACUCCGGGAGAAUGCGAGGAAGUCUGUCGGCUUUUGACAAGCAUGCACGGCGAAAUCAAAGCUCCCACCAAAGUGCCCCAGCCCUCGCUUACAGUGACUGGAUGCGGUGAAGUUCCAUCUGUUCUUGAUGCACUUAUCCGAACCGUUCUGAGCGGGGCCACUACCGGUGCCAACUCUGCAAGGGCAUUCAAAGGUCUCGUCGACAGGUUUGGGAUACUUGAGAGUGGCAUUGGGAAGGGCAGUGUGGACUGGAACGCAGUUCGCACGGCGCCAAUAAACGAGGUUUUUGAAGCAAUGAAAAGCGGAGGAUUAGCAACCACCAAGAGUAAAUAUAUAAAGGGGAUUCUCAACAUGGUAUACGAAGGGAACCUAGCACGCAAGGCCGCUUACCAAGCGACAGAUAACGAAACGGAUAAACCCUUACCAGCGGGCGCAGAGAAUGAAUCAAAGGCCCAGAAAGAUGUGGAAAUCGCGCUGACAAACGAGAACAUACUGUCUCUAGACUGGAUCCACGCGCUAGACAAGGAGCAGGCAAUGCUCGAGCUAAUUAAAUAUCCAGGCAUUGGACCUAAAACUGCUGCCUGUGUUAUACUGUUUUGUCUUCAGCGUCCAUGCUUCGCUGUUGACACGCACAUCUUCCGGAUUUACUUACUUGUUGGAACUGGCAACGGAUAUACGAACGAAAAGCUUAGGUUAGUAGGCCAAUUUAAUCAAGAAGACCAAGUAUUGGAUCGGAAAAUGUCCGGUUAA